CGUAUUAAACAAUACGUCUGCCCGGGUAGAAGCUCAGGAUACUGCCCAGCCCCGAAAGCCCUCUAACCCGCUUAGCGCUAGAGCGGAGCUGAGAAGCAGAGCUAGAGGCAUUGGUCAGCGUGGUAGAGGAUAGUGGAGCCUGGUCACUGAUCAAUGAGGGACAGGAUCCAGGGCAGUGGUCAGUGAGGGACAAGAUCCAGGGCAGUGGUCAGUGAGGGACAGUUUCCCAGGCAGUAGUCAGUGUGGGACAGUUUCCCGGGCAGUGAUCAGUUUGGGACAGGAUCCAGGGCAGUGAUCAUUGUGGGGCAGGAUCCAGGGCAGUAGCUAGUGAGGGACAGGAUCCAGGGCAGUAGUCAGUGUGGAAGAAGAUCCCAGGCAGUGGCCAGUUUGGGACAGGAUCCUAGACCCUGUGGCAGAAUUAUUAAGGAGUCUGAGCAAGGUGUUUGUAAUCACAAUGAGCUCCCCACUCUCAUCUCUAGGAAAAUUACGGAAAGUAUCAGUACUCCUGCCAGAGCUGCAGGAUCGUCGCAAGCAAGCAGUAUGUUUUGAAAAGGACUGCUACACAGACUCAACCAUCAGUGAUGCUGAGCUCAUGUCCACUAUGGUGAAACGGCUGACCGAUAUGGAACAGCGGGUCCGGGUCCAGGCACAGGAGAUCAGCAGGAAGAACCAGAAAAUUGCUGUGUUGGAAGAAAAGCUGAGUUUACUCCAGCUGUCCGAUGCUGACAAACCCAAAAGACAACCGGAGUUGGAAAAAUUACUUCAGCUUCAGAAUCAAGUGUGGGAAAUGGAG